AGUUUUCAUUUAUGUCUAAUCAAUUAAAUAACUUGGUAAAUUAUACUAGUACAUACAAAGGCACUCAAGCAACUAAAAACCUUAGAUGUAGACAGUUGAAUAUAUUGAUAUCUUAUUUAAAAAAAAAAAAAAAUUCUGGGUGUGUCAGUAAAAGCAGCUCCAUUACCCCAUAAGCAAUAUAACAGGUUAUAUGGGUAGGAAGCUGUCCCGCCCCCAAUCUUAUUCACUCUAGCUUUCAGCACUUCUGCAACUCAGUGAGCCUUUCACAUCUGCAUAGCUGACCAUGCUGUAGAUUGCUGAAAGCAAUAGGUCAGUUGCUUCUUUCAUUUGUGUAUUGCAUAGGCUUUUCAUAGAUGAUAUAACACCUGACAAAAUGAUUUCCGAGUCACCCGGUUCGGAUGAUGAAACAGAUUCGGCUGCUCGAGGCACAUAUCCCCCCAUAUUUUCAAAACCUAUGGACUCAAACAUUACAGUAUGUGAUAGCAGUAAAUGUGAGAACAUUAAUUCGCCCACAGAGGAGGUGGCCAUCUGCUUGUUGUCACAAUACAAUAACAGUCAAAAUGGAUACAAAGCAUCUUCACAUUCUUUAAAUGCAACAGAAAUCAAAAAGCAAAUGAUAUUCAAUGCUGUUUCUGAAGGAGACAAAGUGUCAUUAAAGAGACUUCUCAAAGAAGUAAAGGAAAUGACUGGAUUUACAGAUAAAUCUACUCAAGAUUUUCUUAUGCACAAACUAACAUACAAGGACACAGGAAAAACCUGCCUGAUGAAAGCAUUACUGAACAUCAAUGAAAGCACUCUUGAAAUAGUGUGUAUUCUGCUAACAUAUGCUGAGGAGAAUAGAUUCUUGGAACAAUUAAUUAAUGCUGAAUAUACUGAAGAAAAUUACAAAGGUCAAACCGCAUUACAUAUAGCAAUUGAAAGACGACAAACUGACAUUGUAAAGUGCUUAAUCGACAAAGGUGCUAAAGUAAAUGUAUGUGCCCGUGGUCAUUUCUUCAGUCCUAAAACCAAGAACAAAGGGUUUUAUUUUGGUGAAACUCCACUGGCUCUAGCUGCAUGUACCAAUCAGCCAAAGGUGGUUGAUCUGCUUAUUGAGAACAGUGAGACCAAUGUCAGCAGCCAGGACUCUUUUGGAAACACUGUGCUCCAUGCUCUGGUCACUGUGACAGAUAAUUCAGAAGUUGUCAACACUUUCAUGAUAAAUAUGUAUGAUAAAAUCAUACGCAAAUGUAAAAACAAGUCCAUUGAGAGUAUUAAAAAUAAUAAAGGCCUCACACCACUGCAACUAGCAGCAAAGAAGGGGAAAAUGGAGGUACUUAAAUAUAUUCUCAGUAGAGAAAUAAAAGAGACAGAAAACAGGGUAUUGUCCAGAAAGUUUACAGACUGGGCGUAUGGUCCUUUCUCCUCCACUCUAUAUGAUUUGAAAGAUGUUGAUACUUGUUCACAAAACUCAGUACUUAAAAUUGUGGUCUACAAUACAAACAUUGAUAACCGCCAUGAAAUUUUGGCAUUGCAACCCCUUCAAGCUCUACUUCAGUUUAAAUGGGAACAUUUUGCAAGAUACAUGCUCUUAAUCUCUUUUAUUUUUAACUUUGCUUUUAAUAUUGUUUUUACUCUUAUCUACUACCGACCACGUGGAAAUCAGGCUUUCGCUUCAUUGAACUUAUCUAGCUCCAGUGGGAUCUUUCAUCUCUUUGCACAUGUGUUUAUUAUCAUUAGUGCCACAUACAGAGUUAUUCAUGAGGGUGCAGCAAUCUUUUGGGUGAAGCCCUCAGACCUGAAGUCUGUUGUAUCCGAUGCUUGGUUCCAUAUUCUGUUUUUCAUACAUGCGGUCCUGGUUAUGUUAUCUGUUUUCUGUUAUAUAUUUGGAGCACAAGAAUAUCUGGCAUUUUAUGUCAUAGCCAUGGCGAUUGGAUGGUCAAACGUGCUAUAUUACACAAGAGGAUUUCAGUCCCUGGGAAUCUACAGCGUUAUGAUACAGAAUGCAAUUUUGAAUGAUGUCUUAAAGUUUUUAUUAGUAUAUGUUCUCUUCUUACUUGGAUUUGGCAUAGCCCUUGCUUCUUUAAUUGAACACUGCAGUGAUGGUAAUGAGUGCAGUGCUUAUAAUGGUUUCAGAAAGGCUGUCAUGGAACUGUUUAAGCUCACCAUUGGCUUAGGGGACCUGGAGUUGCAGCAAGACUCAAAAUAUCCAGUCCUAUUUAUGAUUCUUCUGAUUAUUUAUGUCAUACUAACUUUUGUGCUUCUUCUAAACAUGCUUAUUGCAUUAAUGGGAGAAACCGUGGAUAACAUAAGUAAGCAAAGCAAGAACAUUUGGAAACUUCAGAGAGCUAGAACUAUACUAACAUUCGAAAAAAGUUUGCCAGUCUGCAUAAGGGAUAUGUUUAAACUUGGUGAGACAUACAAAGUUUCAGAAAAUGACAAAAGGAUAUGUUUAAGAAUAAAUGAAGUUAAAUGGACUAAAUGGCACAAUGAAGUCACCACGAUACAUGAAGAGUCGGGACUCACAAAGUUACACGGAACAGGGAACAUGACUGGCAUCGAUGAAGCAGAUGACUGUGCAGAGGACGAAUUGAUAGAGACUGUGCUCUAAUAUUAUUAUGGCACUGUGAGCCAUUAAUGAACUGACACCAUAAGGCAGCACUUUUCCGUUUAGUGACAAAACAUGACAAGAAGCAUCAUGGCAUCACUCGCAGCAUACAGCUAUCCAGUCACUCCAAGGUCCAGCUCAACAGUGUCUCUACCUGGCAAUGGUCCAUUGUGCAAGCACAACUGAGCUCUGCCUGUAACAACACCUAACUGCAGCAUGUUGCAUGAAGCCUCCAGUAAGCAACUUGUCAUCUUACAUUUUCCAUCCAUACAUGUGAAAGAAAUCAAAUGGGACAUAUCAAUGUUUUGCUUCAAAUUCACAUGUGUACAGUAUAUUUUGGGGAUGCCUAAAUAACCAGCUGCGAUACGUCCGAGAUUUUUAGUUACACAGAUAUUAAACUUCUGAAAUCUGUUCUCCACAUUACUCCUGUCUUAAAAUGAUUUUGCUUUAAAACAAUCAGAUCAAUGGAUAAAGGGCUGCACUAACACAGGUUCGUUACCUACAGGUCACUUGUGUUCUAGACUGUUCAAAUAUGAAACAUGAGUAAAAUGUCUACCCUGUUGGAAGUUAUACGAUACUGAUUGUAAUGUGAAAAUCCAUGGAUGAGUAACACAGGUUAUAUAACACAACUUUGGUCACAAAAAGUACACUUGGAAUUUCGCGACAAUCCUUUGUACACCUGUAUACUUUAUGUAUAUUUAUUAUACUUGCUUUUUUUUUUUGUUAACGCAAAACAUACAGUAAGUGUACAGUAUGUCAUAACUGUUGUACUACCUCAAAAUGUCUUAAGAUGUGAAGUAUUGUAAUAAAAAAUAU